UGAAGUAGACCUUAAUCGAUGGACUGAACGAGGAUAUAUCAUGAAUAGGGGAGUUCUCUAUAGAUACUCCCAUGAUAGUGACUCGGACGAAGCUCAACUAGUAGUCCCUAUGCAAGAAAGAGGUCAAAUCCUUAAAGAAUUUCAUGAUGCGCCAACUGCUGGCCAUUACGGUAUAGAAGGUACCCUGGAUCGAAUCUCCAAAAGAUUCUUUUGGACUGGUAUGAGAAGAUUUAUCACCGAAUAUAUUAAAAACUGUGUCGAAUGCAACCGCUAUAAAGCUUCCACUCAAAAGCCAGCUGGUCUUCUUCAGACUCCUGUACAUAAUCAAAGAUUUGAAAGCCUAUCCAUAGACCUAUUUGGUCCAUUGCCCGAAGGUAAAGAUAAAAAGAAAUGGAUCUUCAUCGUUGAGGACUGUUCAACUAGAUGGGUUGAGCUAUUUGCUUUAGCCCAAGCCACAGCUAAGGAGUGUGCAAUCACUCUGUUGGAGGAGGUGAUCUUGAGAUAUGGAUUGCCUAGAAGAGUUAUCAGUGAUAACGGCUCACAAUUUGUGAGCAGUGUAAUGCAACAGCUUUGUUUUCUGCUUGAUAUUAAGCAAUGUUUGGUGCCGGUAUACCAUCCCCAAGCAAAUCCUGUAGAAAGAAAGAACAGGGACCUGAAACCUCGCUUGGCUAUUCUUGUUGGCCAAGAGCAUAGAAAUUAGGUUGACCACCUACCAGUCAUCCGAUUCGCUAUGAACACAUCAAAGUGUGAAAUGACCGGGUAUACUGCUGCAUACCUUCAGUUUGGACGAGAGCUCAGGACAGUUCAAAAGGUAAAGCAUGAUAUUCGAACGGUUAUCCAAAACGAUAACUUUGUCCCUGAGAUAACCCCGUAUCUCAGAAAGUUUUCUUCUAUCCUCUUGACUGUUGGAGAUAAUGUAGAAAAAUCCCAAGAUCGGCAUAAAACAUAUUUCGACUCAAAACGCCCCACUUAUGCUGUAGGUUCGAAAGUGUGGGUGACUCUACAUCCACUCAGUAAUGCCAAGAAAGGAAUUACUGCCAAAUUUGUACCUAAAAGAGAUGGGCCGUAUCUCAUAAUUCGAAAGAAGUCGCCCACCUCCUAUGAACUUGCCCACCCAGAUAAGCCACGUGUUCCUGUUGGGACCUACCACACCUCAGCAUUGAGACAAUGCAACUCUGAUACACAAGCAACAGAACCUAUUUUACCUCUCCGAAGGAGAGGCAGACCAAAGAUCAAUUCUGAUUCCUCCCCGGGACGUAACCUCGGAAUCAGAGGGGGAGAGUAUCACAAACGGGUUGGUCGCUAUGGCCUCCGGCCCCGCGCCAACCAACCAAAAUCACCAUAGUGAUAUUUUUCCUUCACUUGUUGCUGAGGGUGGCAACGGGUGAUUGAGAGGGGGCCAUGUGUUUUAAAAUGUAACCAAGUAGUGUGUUUUU